GUCAAAAGCAAAACUCAAAAGUACCUAAUCACAUACUAAAUUUUACUAUAAAGUCAAUUAAAUGGAUUAAUUUAAGUAGUAUUACACGAGUUAGUUUUGAAUCAGAGAUUUAGACAAUAUUAUUUAAUUUAUUUUGUUAUGAAUUAUGGCUUCCACCGGUGAAAAGGGUGUUUCUCGAGUACUUAUCAAAUUAAAAUUAUCCUUAGAGAAUGGGCAAUACUAUGAAGCUCAUCAAAUUUAUAGAACUCUCUAUUUUAGAUAUUUAAGUAAGAAGAAAUACGAUGAAUUACUUGAUUUGCUAUAUCGGGGAGCUACGCUCCUGAUAGAAAACAACCAACAUGGUAGUGGUGUUGAUUUGGCUAUACUUUUUAUAGAUGUGUUAGUUAAAUCUGAGACCAAACCAAAUCCAGAGUGGAUUGAUAAAAUAGUUACAUUAUUUAAAUCAAUUAAUUCAAGUGUGCCUGAAAAAGAUAUAUUUCUGACAAAUGCAGUAAAAUGGUCAAUGGACGAAAAGAAGAUGGGCCAUCCAUUAUUACAUAAGAAAAUCGCCGAAGUAUUUUGGAAGGAAAAGGAAUAUUUAUUAGCUCAUAAACAUUUUUUACGCUCUAAUGACGGUGUCACCUUUGCAAAAAUGCUAAUAGAUCAGCAUACUUCAGAAGCACUUGAGGUGGAUGUUGAAAUAUUAAUAGCUAAAGCUGUCUUGAAAAUUCUUGUUUUAAAAAAUAAACAGAUGGCAAAUGACGCUUUAAAAGAAUAUACAAGAACCCAUCCAAUGAUAUCGAAGGAAAAGGGGCCCCCAUUUUCAUAUCAGUUGCUUAAUUUCUUGUUCCUUCUAUUAAAAGCAAUAGAUGAAAAUGAUGCUAAUCUGUUCAAAAAUGUGAGAAAAACUUAUGAAAAUAAAAUUCAGUGUGAUCCUAUUUAUUCCGAAUAUUUGGAUAAAAUUGCAAAAGUCUGGUUCGGUAUUGAAAGAGAGGGUACCAAAACGCAAAAUUCAAUGUUAGACGGAAUUUUGAAAUCACUAAUGACUGGUGACCUAGAUGAUUCCGGAAAAGAAGGAGAUAAAUUAUCUCAAGCUAUUGUUCCAGACUUAGAUUAACAUAGGAGUUGCAGCGGAAUUCUGGAUCAAGGACACUUGCAUUCUGCAUAGACUUUCUUUUAUUGAAACAUUUUUACACAGCUGAUUAUCUUGCCCCAACUAGGUAUAGCCUGUACUAUGGUUGCAAGACAAUGAUAAUAUAUUUAAAGUCAAAUAAACUUUAUUCAAUUACGCUUAAACUAAACGCUUUUGAAUCAUACUAUAAAAAUCUU